CCUCAGGCAAGCAGGCCUGAAUUUCUAGACCUUUCCGUUGAGAGCUCCCCCAAAAAGGGAUCUAGAAGGUCUUCCCAGAGUGUUCCCCCACUAUCCCCUUCCCCCCCCGCCCAAUGCGCCCUCCAAGCUCUAGCUUGGGCUGCGUUGGACACAAACCUACAGACAAACCUGGCACAGGGAGGCAGGGAAGUGCCAGGCUUGACGAAGAUAUGUGUAUUAGUGUGUUCGUAUAUGUAAGGUAGAGUGUGUUGCAUCCACACCGCAAGCAGACCCAUCGUCACUGACAUUGUAUGUGUGGUGGGGUAAAGGGGGGAAAGGAGGGAGGAGGAGGGAACAGGCUCGACUGCUCCCCCUAAUACUGCAGGAUUGAAUGGGCGAGGAGGGUGGUAUUGGGUUCCCUCACCCCACUCCCACCACCCACACGCCUCUGCUCCCAACCCAGCACAGCCACCCACUUCUGUCCGCCUGCCACCCCGCCUGCCCACCCACUUGCCACCCGACUGCCGUCGAGGAAACAACCUGCAACCGAACCAGCAUAACGUUUUCUCGAGCAACGAUUUUCAUACUUGGUCUGCGACGUCUUCGCGCUCAACGUGAAAAUUGUAAACCUUGACGACACAAAGCACGCAGGUAGACGGAUUACCCAUUGAUGAAAAGAAAAGAUUUAUUAUUCAAGAAUAGCUGGUAACCGUGUUUUCAACUUUGAAAAAUGGAGGGUGGAAUUAGUAGGUUGGAUUGCUAUGAGGAUAUGUUCAAAGAAAUUACGAGAAAACUUUACGGCGAAGAUCCCGAUCAUAGAACGUCAAGCGUACAAAACGAGUUCGAGACAUCAGUUUCGUAUAAAAAUGACGAAGAUACCGGGAAUGGAACUGAUGGUAGUGACGACGGAAAUUGGACGUGCGAAGAGGAGCCGCUCAAGGGUACAGAUGGAAGCCGAAUUGCAGCUUACCAUGCUAGCAAAGCAACGUGGCGAUGCUACGAGUGCGGUGAGAUAAUGGGAGGAGGCCCACGAGAGGCUGCUGAACAUUUUAUGGAACUCCAUUCGACACGAAUUCUAGCUGACGACAAUCGGCAAAGACACCAUUCUCCCCGUAAAGAUUAUUUGCAUGCGGAACUAAAAGUGGACGACGUAGUGACGUACUUAGAAAGGUUGAGGGAAAGAGCUGAGCGGUCUGCUCCUCCCACUCGUAGAACACAAGAGACGCAAACUCUUCCGGCAACUCUUCUGCCCAUGACCUCAACUUUUUUGUUACAAGAAUUACCUUCUACCUCACAAACUCAGCACCUUCAUCAGACUACUCCACCACCUUCAACUUCGACACCAUCGACAUCCGUGGCGGUAAAACGUUACAACUGCAAAUACUGCCCAUACGGUACUGAUAGACGCGAUCUUUUCGUGCGUCACGAGAAUAUACAUCGGGAACAGAAGCCAUUUUUUUGUUACGAGUGCAACAAGCCUUUUAAUCGUGCUGACCACGUGAAAAAACAUUUUACUCGUAUGCAUCGUGAAAGCAAUUACGAUGUCUCGCGAAUAAGAAGACCACCGGAGCCGAAAUCAAUGUCGCAAGACCCGACCGAAGCACCGGGGCCUAGUAACAGCGUGAAUAGUCAACAACAGCAACAACAGCAACAUGUCAGUUAUCAAACUUUCACCGGCAACAGGGAAUAUCAAAUGCAACCAACUCCUGGCACGAGCAACGGUGCCGGAAUUUAUCAAGCGUCGACCAUGCAAAACAUGCCGAAUAUCACUAGUGCUAUUUCGCCGCCCGAGGCGAGUACAAGUAGAAGAGGACAAAGCAGCGGAUGUCACAGCAGAAGCCAUACAAAGAGUAGUUCGAAGAAUACGGGCGAACGAAGGUUUUCUUGUCAGUUUUGCCCAUGGACAGGGGUAGACAAUUGGUGUUUGAAAAGGCAUUUAAACACACAUAUAAAGCCCUAUUCGUGUUCUUUAUGCGACUACAAAGCAGCGCGCUCCGAAAGACUCUCGACGCAUUUAUCGAGAGUGCAUGCUAAAAAACAAUGCACGAAAUGCGGGUUUUUGUGUGAUACGGAAGAGGAACUACACGUACAUCAGCUUCAAACGCAUCGCAUGAGUAAUACAUCGGCAUCGGCUUCUCGGGUGACACCGCCAACAAAUCGAGCCUCGAUCCAAGAACCUUUACACCCCCCUGUUGGAGGUCGUGCGCCACCUGGGCCACCCGUUUUCCCGCCUCCGCAACAACCAAUAGUGCAACCUUCUUCCUCUGCAGUGGUACCGUCGACAAGUACUCUUCUCGGCCACGAGAUGGUAAAGUCGCCUGCAACUGCAACGACUAUGGCAUACCCCACGGAGGAGGAGAAGCGGUCGUACUGUCGCGCUGGCGACGUCAACGGUGACGGCGACGCCAAGCACGACGACGUUGACCACGCUGACGACGACGACAAUGACGACGACAACGACGACGACGAUAGUGACGGCGUCGUCCGAAGCAAUGGUAACCGCGAGGAACGCAGUCGUGACUUCGGCGCGUGUCACGUUUGCAGUUUCAAGAGUGAUAGGGACUUUGAAUUAUGUAGCGAUCACAGUAAUAGAUGUAUUAAGGACGACGUUAUUGAUGUGUCCAACAGGAAUAGCCUAAUGCUACGCCUACUUGGUAUCGACAUAAGUGACCGCACGAUACCUAUACAUAUAAAUAUCAACAUGCAAAAACCACAAAGUCAAGAACAGGCGCCAGAAAAGCAAGAUCUCCACCAAGUAUCAGAUCCGAAAGGAAUUCCACUCAAUACCGAAAUACUACACGCCGCUUUAAUCAGACGUGUACAUGGGCAAGAACAACAGUGCCGUGUCAAUGAUUUAGAGGACGAAGGAAGUAAUUAUACUCCACGAAGAAGGAAGCAAUUAUACCCGCAAAAAGUGCAUUUCGAUGAGCUGUUGGAGUCAGAGGAAUCAGAUGAAGAUUUUAGUUGGAUGUUUUUACCCAAUCAAUUACCCGAUCAAUCGCCCGAUCAGUUGCCCGAUCAAUUGCCCGAUCAAUCGCCCGAUCAAUCGCCCGAUCAAUCGCCCGAUCAAUCGCCCUCGGCUACCAAAGAAGACGCAACGAUGCAGGUAAAAAUAAAAAACAACAAUGUACAAUCGGGUAAAGUAUCACCAAGGUUGUUCAUGUGUAUUCUGUGCCCGAGGCUUAGUACGGCCGGGCGAGGUACAGUCAACGAGGGACAUAGAUCAUAUCAAACCCGAACUUCGUUGUUAUUACAUGUAAGCGAUCGAACUGAAGAAAUACCAUCUUGACAAUUAAGAAUCAUAAAAGAAAGAGAGAAAGCGUAUCGGAGCGACAGCCUGGAUAGCUUAAUUGGUAGAGCAAUCGCCCGGCAAGCAAAAGAUCCCGGAUUUAAUUCCCGGUCCAGCAACCUCGUGUUCCCGAUACAUUUUCUCUCCGACUUUUAUAGAUUUCAGAAGUAUGAUCGUGUUCAUGUUUCCUCGGAAAGAUUCGGAUUAGCUAUUCGGUUUCAUAUGUGCGGGUGUUUGAAUUUAAAGUCAUAUUAUGUGUGUAACUGGAGCUGUAUGCGUCCGUCAAGUUGGGUGGCUGGUGUACACGUUUAAUGUUAGUGUAGUAGCAACCUCGUGCUCCCGGUAUAUUUUCUCUCUGACUCUUAUAUCUUCGUAUUCACGGGUGGACAUGCUCGCUAAUUUCGUCUGUUUAUUAGAUGACUUGCGCGUUGCGCAACUUCGACGUUGAUUUUCGUUGAUCCGAAAAUGGAUUACGUCUGGAAUCUGCGCAAAAUGUUUAUAUUUGUGGAGAAAGAUUAUAAUAUACAUCGAUAUUUCUCCGUUUCUUCGUUGUGUAACAUGUUCGCUAUCUAUACGUACUAUCUCUUACGAGAGAGACCAACGUAAUAUGUGUGACAGCGAUUAUUUUUCUUUUCAUGUCCAUAUAAACAAACUAAUUUGUUUUACACACAUGACAAAAAAAUUAUACAGAGUGAGCUAUAGGGAGAGUUCCCCAAAUGAACCGUGAUAGCGAACAUGAUAAGUCAGUAACACACGUAACUUAGUACAAAGUACAAAUACCGAUUAUAUUUAUUAUUUUAAUUUUGCUAUAUUUUUUUAAUGUCGUGAUGGAAUUCAUAUCUUUUUAUAAUUGGAAUCAGAUAUUAUAAGAUUUAAAUGAUACAAUCUGACGCUGGCAGUAUGAAAAACAAAAAGUGUGUGGCUCAAAAAAUGAACAACAUAUAACAGCAUACAGAGUAAAGAGAUGUGCAAUGGAAGUAAAAGUAAGGAUCAGAAAAGUCCUGUGAAAUACAUCGAUAUUCUGAUAUAUUUAAAUCUCUCGAUUGGUUGGCUUCAAAUUGCCGUGUUCCUCGUAUAAACUCUAUCGUAAUAGGAAUGCGUAGCUAAAUUUGUGUUUGUCGAGACGAGAAUCGCACGUGACAGAAAAGCACGAGAUUUCGUGCCUUAAGCCCGUAUCAAACUACCGACUAGACAGGCCGAACCGAUUAUCGAAGCGACCUCAAUGUGAUUAGUUCACUAAGAGUCGACAGUCGGGUCGACCUGUUCAAUCAAUAGUUUGAUACGGACUUUACUUGAUGUAACAUUUUAAAAUAUCGUUUAAUGAACCACUAAUAUUAACGACAGACAAGUUUACGAUGUGUCAGAAAAAUACGCAAAUAAAUAGUAUAAUUUCUACACAAAUAACUAUUAUAUAUUAUAUUAAAACGUAAUUAACUUCUCGAAUGCGCGAGCCAAGAAUAAUAUAACUGUUUGCAUUCUGAUUACGAUAAAGUUUAGGAAAUAUGCCAUUUUUUUCGAUUAAUUUACUCUCCACAGAAUAGGAACAAUUUGCCGAGCGUCAGGCACAAGUAUUUCAAAUACCGAGGAUCGAAUUAGAUUUUUGCUAUUUAUAUAUUGGACCAAUCAAAACACUUGACCUAAUUGGUCAAUUAAUCAUCAUCAUCACUUAAUCAUUUCUUCACAGUGAAUUUAUUUUAUCUUAUGUUGUUGUUUUUAUUUAGAGGAAAUUUUCACUUCACGAAAAUCUUUUUAUUUUAUCAAACAAAAAAAAAUUAAGAGUCGCAAUAAAAGACGUCACACAUACAAGUCGAGAUAAUAUCUUUAACAUAUAAAGUUAUACCAUUCUAAAGAGCUUUCCAUAAGAAAUUCAUGUUAUGUUCUAGAAUGGUGUAGUUCAUGUGUUAAGAUUACUAUAUCGCUUGUGGACACAUGUGUAAUACAGAUAACAAUAUUAAGUAUAAUGUCUAUAUACUAUAUACCGCUAUAAAAAUAACACUUUCACGGUGAUUAAUCACGAUUGAUGAAUAAUUAGUUGGUCUUGAACAACAUGAAUUCGGCCAAAAAAGAUUGAACCGAAUUCUCAAAACUUGAACUCAAUAGCUUUUUCUUGUUAUAAUCUAAGAUUGUUAACCUUUCUUCAUUUUUUUUAUUCGUUAUUGUUUCAUGUACUCUGACACGAAAAGUAACGAAAGGUUUUACAGAGAGAGAUUUCAAAAUACUUUCCCUAGAAGUUUUCAUGGAUCUAUUAGAUAAGAUAUUUGAUCGAAGUGAUUUUUCUUAUCAUGAGUAUUCGGAUAACAUUUCAAGUCAUCGGAAUAUAUCGGAUAUUUUGUCAGAAAGGACAACUCAGUUUCGACAACAACACAAAAGGCUGCAGAUUUUCGUUUUAUCACGAUAAGCCAUUUUUAUUAUGUAAAAUGCAAGAUCCAUAAUUACUCGGGGAAAUGUAAACAGAAGCUAGUCGGAAAGUCGAGUCCUAGUAUUUCCGUGAUCGAAAUCGUGUAUAUUUCUAACUUCCAGAAGUAAGAGAUGAGAGAAAAAAAAAGAGAGACAGAGAGAAUGAGGGAGGGGGGAGGGGAGAGAGAUGCCGAACUACGUACGAAUGAAAUAAAUGUGACUCUUUAAUUGAAAGUACUUUAACGUAACAUAGGAGGACAUGUGAAUACAUUUUUUCGCAGCGGCCUGCUCAACCGCUUUUGAGCAUAAGAUAUCAAUCGGAUUUAAAGUGAUUGUAGAUGUUGCAUAAAAUACAGGAUCCUAAAAUUGAUCACUUUAUUAAUAUUGUUAAUUAAUUUUUUCAAAACAAAUUUUAAACCGUUAUUAUUUACAUUAAAUUAAAAAUUUUACGAUUAUUUAUUAAUUAUAUUAAUUAUAGUUGAAGUUUCACUCGAAAUUUACGAUAAUUUCUUGAUGUAUAUUAUUUUUUACUUUCUAUAAAAUUGUUGGCUUUUCGGCAUAAACUUUAUUAAAAAAAAAAAAAUUACAGAGAACCAAAUCUAAUUAAAUCCUAAAAGCCCGGAGUUCAAUUAAAAUCGCGUUUCCUGAAGUUAAACAGAGAUAUUUCCUUAUCUCUUUCGCGAGAGUCUUGGAGUAUAUAUUUAUUCGUUUUAAAUAUUCAUAGGUCCUUUAUAGUCAGUGCAAAAAAUAUUGAAAUUAAAAAUAUAUAUACAACUACUUAAAAUGAAGUGAUUGAUUUUAAGGCAUUUUAAGACUUACGGUAUGACCUUUGUGGUUGCGAAAAACACACUACGACGAUAUUUUUAGACGAGAUGGACAGACUGCAGCGACAAUGGGUCAAUAAUCGAUGUCUAAUCGAAUUCGUCUUUUUCAAUCUUUUCGUCCAUCUAAUUCUACGCAUAUUUUCUCUCUUUUUUCUUAAAGACAAUGAUGAUGUCGUUAAUACUUCGGAGGGGUCUCAUAAUGUAAGCCUUCCGGAAGAUAUGCUUGACUAUACGUGAUUUUUAUAUAACGCGUUUGUACAAAAAACGUUUUCUUGUUUACGUUAUCACGUGAAAUAUAUUAUAUCAUGAAACAUGAAUAAAGGAAAAGUUGCAGACUUGUAGAAGGAUCUCGUUGCAGACCUAAAUGUUUGCACUUUUCUAUAUUUUCUUCUAAA